GUAAUUGUUUAAGUGUAUCUUCAUGAGUAGAAGAUAAAUUUCAAGGUUCAUUAUCAAGAAUGGCUUCAAGGAAUGAUGGUAUUCAGCUCCUUUUGCAAGCCGAAAAGAGUGCCAGUGAGAAAGUAAAUGAGGCAAAAAGGCGUAAAGCUAAACGAUUAAAGGAAGCUAAAGCUGAGGCUCAGGCAGAAAUAGAAGCUGAACGAGCUGAGCGUGAGCAUCACUUUAAAAUUUGUGAGGGUAAGGUACUUGGUCGUCGAUCAGAAAUUGAGUCACAGAUUCAAAAGCUAACCCAAGAAAUAAUCGAUACUCAGACUGCCUCAGUGAAUCUUCACAAAGAAGACGCCAUAAAUAUGUUGUUGAACUGUGUAAUGCAAAUUCAGCCACAGCUACACAAAAACUACCGCAAUGGAAUAACGGGUUAACCAACAGUAUUUGAAAUUUGGCGAUGCACGAAUCAGUAAUUUUAGACAAUAAAACUGCAAAUGCAUAAUAAUUGAUCAUUUGGUUUCUCUUUAUUAUUUCUAAUAUUUAUUAUUAUCUGCACAUAAUCAAACAAAUAAAUUAUUUUCAAAAUAAUGUUUUCUAACCUGUUCGGUGUGUACAUGUUGUGUAUCCACUGUUUGCAUAUAUUUCCGACUGUACUGAUAGGUAUUAGGAUACCCUUAAUUUAUUUCCUGUUAAUAAAUUAAUACCAGGAUAUUUUUAGUGUUUGAUUGAAUGUGGCCACUUACUACAUCGGUUUACAUUUUUGGGUGAUCUGUAUCAGUGCCUAGAUUAGUUGUUGGGAGUGAAGUAGUUGAGUUGUCUCGGAAGUUUUACGAGUCCUGAUGUGUUGGUGUAUGUUGAAAUCUUCACACGAAUUUAGAAAGCUUGAUUUCUUUCUGCCAACUUGCAUCAUAUGUGGUGUAGAAAAGUUAUUCGUCUCAAACGAAGUGGUGACUAUGCCACUUAGUAGUCUUCCCUAGUUUACUGAGGGAUAUGGCUUAGAACAUUCGGAGACGUAAGUCGCAGGUUUUUUAGUCGAGAAAUCACUAUCGUAUCGUGGGUCAAUCGAGGAAGCGAUUCUGUGUUUGGGGAGUUGGUGGGUUUUCACCAACUGAAGUAGAUGGGACAUGUAUUGUUUAUUCCCAACCAAAGCCUGUCUUGAUAUGCAAUUUUGGUUGGAGUUGGAAUAAGCUGGAAGGAAACUAGGGACUAUUAAACUAAGGAGUAGUACCGGUGUGUAAAGUCAUUGACUUUUAGGUUGCUGUGUUGUUAAAUUCAGAUUACCUAGUUGUAGUCCGUGCUAUCAGUGAUUGGAGACGUUGAAUGAGGUGGCUGCGAAUCGAUCACUGAUACAAAUGUAGAUGUUUGUCUUCCCCUGAACCUUGGGGUUCAAUAUUAUUCCAGACUUCCUAUUUCUAGUAUCCACCCCUCCUUUCCGAACAGUGUUCGUCAGUGUCUAGUCUUUCUCACUCACUACUAUUUUUACUCUCGGUAUCGCCCUUGUUAAUGUCACAUCGUGCUGGUGUGAUUAGGUAAUCGUAGUUUUGUGUUGAUUAUGGUUGCCUAAGGUAAUCUAACGAGUCUGCAGACUUUCUCUACUUGCCCGGUAUUCAUAAAAAAUUCUAUUAAUAAUCAUGGGUUUGGUAUGUACUUUCUCUAUCCGAAGUCCUAAGUGUUUCCUAGGAACAAAGUUGGAUAGUCCUGUCACAACUAUUGUUAUGCAUGCAUUGAAAUUAAAUCAACAUAUUUAAAUUCAAUGCCGGUCACAUUUUGUUCUACAAUUGAACUGUUGUAUUGGGUUGCAGAAAAGUUUGUGUUUAGUUAUUCUUCUGUAGUUCCAUAGUCUUGUCGUCUGAAGUUUGGUUACCAAGUUUUUAUUCUUAAGCCUCGUCCCACCUAUUUCAACUUAAGACACUGAAUAGUAACUCGAUUCCGCACAAGUAAAGCCCGAAACUAUUGGGCAAACCUGUGCUUGCCAAACCAUUACUUAUAAUUGUUAUUAUUAUUAUUAUUACUACUUAGUUUUACUUAUUUUCAUCCACCUGCAUAAAACAUAUUUGUUUGUCGGAAUACAACGAUACCAUGGCCACAGUGAUCAGUCUCUAACUUCAGGAGUGAUAUGGUCCAUUCAGACGUGAAAUUUAAAGUGCUGAUCGUAACGUAGAAUAUUAAACUGCAUAUGUACAACUAAUGGUUUUAGUUUUAUGCUACAUGAGUGGUUAACAAAUCACGAAUCAAGCAUUAGAGUAGUCCAGUAGGAUCAACAGGUUUAUGCUAAGGUAAUGUCUUCGCAGACAUAAACUUCAGUGGUCAGCAAUUUCAUCAUCCUAAACUGGUCGAUGUUAGCAAAUUGGUCGGAUCUUCUGUUGAAACUAAAUAUCAAGUCGAGCUAGGUUCAAGGGUAGCUGCUAUCCCACCGAAAACUAUAAAUGAGCAUUGGUUGCAAUUGCAUGACGCCAUGAAAAUGGCGAGUAAAGUUGCUUGUGGCUUUGCGACACGUCCCGCUUAUAAGCACAGGGUUUCUGUAGGCUCCUAACAGUUCAUUGAAGCCCGUCGAUCUACUCCGGCUGACCGCGAGUUUGACCAUAAACGAAGAUUGUUACGUAGUGAAAUUACGCCAAGCUCACAUAAAGUGAUCGGAGCGUGCUUACGAGUUAGAAGUAGCAGCUGCAUCCACCAGAAGCUCUUUCAGAUCGUCCGAGUCACUGGCAGACUACUUGGCUGGGGUCCGCGUGACUAUCGUAAACAAUGGUUGGAGACUCUGGGUGACAUGGCUCAGAAUCAAUCACAAUGGCGUCGGUGUAUACACUCUCUGUCUUCCCUUAAACUAAGAGAUUAAAAUCGCUUCAUAUCUUUCUUUCAACGAACUGAUUCUUUCUUCCUGUACUAUAUCCUUAUUGCAAUCUUUCUUUUAUAUAUUACCACCUCUGACAUAACUACUUUUAUGGAUCCGGUGUCCAUCUUGUUGUGUUAAUGAGGUAUGGCAACUUGGACCGAUGCAUAUAUGUGCCUGGUCCUACGUUGUAGCUGACUGACUGAGUCACUGGCAGCAAGGAGUCUGGUGUGAGUGAAACAACCCGUGAAGAAGAGAUGUCAAUCACUAAAAUCUAAUGACGUCCUGGACAAUGGGCAAAGUUUUUCGAGGAGCAGUUCAACUGGUCUGUCCAAGCCAUGCAAUCCGCACUUAAUCAGUUGGCAAUCAGUGUCCGUAGGUAUGGUAUGUGCUUUGCACCUUCGAAGUGCAAAGUUCUUCUACAACACUUGCAGGAUUCUACUCCUGUACUCACCCUGGGUGGUGAGGAGAUAGAAGUAAUCGAGAAGUUCGUAUAUCUAGGAUGCUACAUAAGCGCUGGUGGUGGCGUGAAUGAUGGGAUCAAUACAAGUAUAGUGAAAACCAGGGUGGCUUAUACCAAUCUGGGCCAUCUUUGGCGCCUUCGUAAUGUCAGUCUGGCUGUAAAAGGUCGGAUCUACAACGCGUCGGUGAGAGCAGUUUUGCUCUAUGCUUGUGAAACCUGGCCUCUCCGAGUUGAGGAUGUUAGACGACUCUGUGUUUGAUUACCGUUGUCUCCGAAAGGUUGCUGACAUCCAGUGGCAACACCAUGUCAGUAAUGCAGAGGUUCGGCAUCGUGUGUUCGGGCACAGCGACUAUAAUUAAGUUACUGCCGCUAUCUUGAAACACCGACUUCGGUGGCUUGGACAUGUUCUAUGAAUGUCGUUCCAGAGAAUUCCACGUGGUGCAUUAUUCGCCUACUCUGGGACUGGUUGGAAAAAGCGGAGAGGUGGCCAGUAUAUGACAUGGUGUCGUGGUAUGAAAGAAAGCUGCAAAGGACUGGCUUGUGUUGGUCCUUCACGACUCCCUGGCUGGGGUCCUAGAGGCGGUGCAACACAGUGGCUAGAUACGUUAUCAGACAUAGCUCAGGAUAGAAGACAUUAGGGACCCUUCUGUAACUCUCGUCAUAAAAAUGGACGUAACUUCUUUAACUUGAAUAAUUUCUGGUUAUAUUUUUACUAACUGCACUGUUUCUCCCUCUAUUAUUAUUAUUUCACUCUCAAAAAAUAAUUUCUGUUCGUUGUUGUUCUUCUCUUCGUUAUGUGCACUUUACAUUGCCUAUCUCUUCACAUUCUCAUUGUUAUUGUGUAACGCAUGUGUAUUUGGUGCCCCCUUGUACCAAUAUUUGUGUUCAAAUAAAUAAAUUUAGGGUAUGGGUCACCAAUCAGGUAUCUCCAAGCAACCCUGUCCUUGCCUCUUUCUAGUUGCAACCGAGUGCAACUCAUCCUUUUUGAUAUCCGCCUCCGAUUCCCUGCAUCUUGUGUUUCAUAGUCAACCUCUUUUCCUUUUCCUUUGAGACUCCGCCUGGAGUCCCUCCGGGGGCUACUGCCGGUCCCAAGCCCGGAUAAAGGAGGAGGGUUGGGCAUGGGGUUAGCGUCCCCAUCCCGUGGAAAACUAACUCGCUAAAAAAACGCUAACCAGAAAAAAUUAUUCAAACCAAUCCCAGGUUUGGGGUUUGAUCUAUAAUUCAGGUUAAUGGUCUCCGUAAAGCGUGUUCUAUCCACUCUCGAUUUCCUUCUCAGCCGGUAUCUGGUUUGUUCCCUGCCGUAGUUGGUUGUUGCUGAUUUCUAGCCAAUGGAUCUGCAGUAUCUUGCGUAAUCUGAUAUUUGUAAAUACCUGUACUCUCGGUUAUGGUUGUGACAGUUUUCCAAGUUUCAACUCCGUGCAAUAGAACUUUGUUGACGUUAGUGUUGAAAAUUCAAAUUUUAGUCUUACUUAUCAGUUCUUAGUUUCAGAUAUUCUUCCGUGUUAGGUGUGUUUUCUUCGCUUUGCCAGUUCGUGUCUUGAUGUCUACAUCAGAUCGUCCUUGCCUGCCAAUGAUUUUGCUAAAGCACCUCCCUCUCGAAAUGCUCUCACACGGCCACGCGUAUACAGCCUCUGUCAGGGAAGUCCUACUCACUGCCUUCUCGUGGUGGGGGUGUUGUUUACGAAAAUGAGAGGACGAAAAGCGAAUGUCCGGCGCUUUAACCGCAUUCCAAACCGAUGGUGCACAUGGGCUCCAGUAUCCUGCGGGAACAAAUGGCGUAUGAACCAACUGUUGGUCACCGGCUACCAUGGGACUGCAUCUCCUCACGAUACUCCAUUGCCUU